GACAAGGGAGCCACACAUAUCGUCACAAUGAAUCAAUUGCGUAGUCGUAAUGUAUAUCCGUACAAUUUCUCGCGAAAGGGUGCGCCUUGUGCUAUGCGCCCUGGUCUAAAUAAUGUGCCAACAGCCAAAGGAAAAAAAAAGUGUCAUCGAGGAGUGGUGUAGAGCCCUCCCGCCGUCUAUAGGUUAUUCCGUUUCCCAGUCCGGUGCUGAAAUGCCGUCCCAAAAACAGGGGUGGGCGAGCGAAUCGGUGUCCUUUCCUGCCCUCCUUUAUAUAAACUCCAGCCAUUCUUCCCCUAGCCUCCCUUUGCGUGUUAAUGAAAACGCUCGGUCCAUAAUCAUCAAGUUUCCGGUCCGCCAAUCUAUCGCCCAAGGUCUAUAUGAGAGAACAAAGAAAACAAAGAAGAAAAUAAGAAAACGAGGAAAACGAAAAUGUGACAAGAGGGUUAUGUAGAGCAGGCCCGCAGCGUACCUGAAAGCUGGUCUCUGCUCCACAAAGUUAGGAAAAGAUAACGAGUCAUACGCGUGGUUGAUGUCAAAAUUAGGGAAGUGAUUAUGGUGAUGUGCGAUGAAUAUGCACUAGAUUUUUUCAAUGGUGUUCGA